AUGGGACAAAAAGGAGAGAGAGAUGCAUUUGUUUCCCAAGGUUUUGAUACUUGGAAUAAAAAAGAUGCAUUUCGGACUCAUGUGGGUGGUGUUGAUAGUUUUCACAACAAAGCAAGAGAAAAGUUACUUUUGAGUAUUUGUGAAGAGAUUGGUCAAGAUGUUUUUGCUUUACUAGUUGAUGAAUCUAGUGAUGUUUCAAAAAAGGAACAAAUGGAUAUUGUUUUGCGUUAUGUCGAUAGUAUUGGCUUUGUGAAAGAAAGAUUCAAAGGACUAGUGCACAUGAAUGAUACAUCCUCUUUGACACUCAAAAAUGCCAUAAAUGAAGUACUUACAAGUAAUAAGUUGAGUUUUAGGCAGAUAAGAGGACAAGGUUACGAUGGUGCUAGCAAUAUGCGAGGGGAAUUCAAUGGUUUGAAAGCUUUGAUAUUACAAGAGAAUGACACGACUUUUUAUGUACAUUACUUUGCACAUCAACUUCAAUUAGUAGUUGUGGCUGUAGCAAAGAAGCAUGAUGGUGUUAGUGACUUUUUUGUGCAAAUUUCGUUGGUGGUUAAUGUUGUUUGUGCCUCGUGUAAAAGAAAAGACUUACUACGAGAGCAAGCAAGAGAAAGGGUGCAAAAAGGCUUGUGUAGUGGUGAAAUUGAAACUUGA